AUGCAAACCUAAGACCUCGUUGAAUAUUUAGAAUAAGAUGUCAAUAGCUUUAAUUAACUCUUCACUUUCAUUCCUUAUCAACCUUCAUUCUAUAAUUAUAUCACCAAGUAUCAAUUGAAAUCAAUUCAAAUUGAAUUAAAGAGUGAAGAAUUCUUACCAUCCAUCUUUGUUAAUGAUAAAUUGCAACAUAAAAUUAAGUAUCAUCAACAAUUCAAAUAAGCAUAUGGAUUAACUAAUUCUUUUGAAUUUGAUAAUACAAUAUCCAUUGAUAUUAUUUCUUAUGACAUAGAAGAAACUUAUAAAGAGUAAAGAAACAUUAAUUAUUAAUUAGAAAAUUGGAAAAUGAUAACAUGUAUCCAAUCUUAUUAAGCUUUGCGGUUACUAAUUCAAAUUGGAAUGUUGAAUCACUUGUUCAAUUUAUUAAUCAGAAAGCCUGCUCAUAUAAUACAAUUAAUAUUGAUCUACUUUAUUUGAAUUUAUUUAGAUUUGCUUUGUAUUUCUAAAAAUCUAAUCAAAUCACUACUUUCCUACAUUACCCAUCUAUCAAAUUUAGAUUAUAAGAAAUAAGACAUACUAAUAAAUUUGUAGAAACUCCUUUAACUAAAAUGAUUACAAAAUCAAGAUCAAGUCAAAAGAAAGAAAAAGUUCAAUAUAAAUUUGGAUUUCUCUCUCUAGAUUAAUCUAAUAGAAUCUUUCCUUUAAUGAUUUAAGAUCCUCUUAUCUUUUAAUUACCUUUAAUAGGUACUUGGUUAUAUUCAAAUGAUCCAUAUGAUGAACCAUUAAAUAAUAGAUAAUAUAUUUGGACUAUGUUAACAGAAUUUAUUUGUAGUCCAUACAUAACCAGAAGAAUCUGUAAAGAUUAAUAUGACUAAUUUUUAUUCAUUCAAUUUCAAAAGAAUCAGUCUCCAUAAUUCUUUGAAGUAAGUAUUCAAGAAGAUCCUCAAUAUAAAAUAGUAAGAUCUUAAGAGAAAAUACUUAAUCUUGAUAAUCAUUAAAUUGAUCUAGCUUCUGCCUAACCUUUUAAUUAAAUAGAUAAAGUGUCAGAUCUAUAUAAUCCUAUCAACAAUAUUAAUCAGAUCUCAAAUAAAAAUGCAAUUGCUACCUAAAAUAUUAAUAAAUAGAAACUUUAAUCUGCAGAACCUGUUUAAACUAUAGAAUAAUCAUUUUAAUAGGAAAGUACAGUUAAAUAACCACCAGUUCCUUAACCUUUAGAUUCUAAUCAAAGUUAUUAAUCUGCAAACUUCCCUUAAAAUUAACAUUUAACUGAAAGAUUAGUUAUUAUGUAAUCAGAAUAAUUGAAACUAAUGUAAACUCAAAUUAUAGAUUUGUAAAGAGCUUUACUUCAUUAAGUAUUAUUAAAUAUUAAUAAUUAGAUGUAAAAACCUCAAAUUUAAUAACCUAUGAGUCCUCCAAGAAAUGAAUAAACAUUUCAUCCUUCAAAUAAAAGAAUGGGAUUACCUGUAUAAAAAAUAGAUUUCUUAAGUGAAUAAUUAAAAUUAAAAACAUAAUCCAAAAAAAAAGAAUAAGAAAUAGAAGAGAUUGCAUAAUAGAUUUUAUGUGAUAAGAUCGAAUCUAUGUAAAAUUCAACAAGAAAUUCAAUUAAUAAAUUAAUCUCAUAAAAUAAUUCAAAUAACUCUGAAAAUUCUAAUCAAUUUAAAAUUUCAACUAAUAAAAAAUAAUCAUUAGGUGAUUUAAUUAUUUCAAUGAAAGAUAGUGACAUUAAAAGAUAAAUAAAAAGAAAUUAAGCCAUGAUUUAAGAUAUAAAUGGAAAUACUCAACAUGAAAAUAAUCAUUAAUAAUAUCAUUCUUAAUCCUUGUCACCUUUUUCUUUACAGAAUUAACAAUCAGAUAAAAAUCACUUUUUAUAAAUUUAAUCCCCAACAUUCAAUCAAUAAAAGGAUGUUUCAUAGUUUAAUUAUAUGACUAAUAAUACAUUUUAAUAAGAAAGUCCUAUCAAAUAUGUUAGAAUUGACUAAUUUACUUAAUAAUUAUAUUAGUAAUAAUAAUAGUAAUAGUUGUAGUAAUAAUAACUAGUAUAAUUACAACAAUAAUAAUAAUAAUAGUAAUAAUAAUCGUAAUAAUAGUAAUAGUAAUAUUUAUAAUUCUAAUAAUAAUCAUAAUAAUAAUAAUAAUAAUAAUAAUAAUAAUAAUAGUAAUAAUAACAAUAAUAAUCAUAUUCAUAAUAACAAUAAUAAUAAUAAUAAUAAUAGUAAUAAUCCCAAAAAAAAUAGAUACAAUCUUCAAAUAUCAAAUAAUCAGGUUUAAUUUCAUCUAUAUAGAAAUCAUAUAAUAAGUAUUUAUUUUAUUUAAUGACUUUAGAGAGAAUAUUAUGAUGAAUAAUUAAUUAGAAUAGAGUGCAGGAUCUAAAGCAAUGCCUAAGAUUAAAUUUAAUUUAAAGGAUUAUGACGAGUCUGAUUCAGAUGAAGAAGUUAAGAAAUUGUAAAUGAAAUACCUAAAGAAAAGAUGA